UCUGCCCGGCCACGGAGAAGCGUACAUAUAUACCCCUCCGAAUCUUGUAUCAGCCCACUGUAGUCGUCCGAAAUCUCGCCGCCCAUCAUGAACAGUGCGCCGCCGCCUUCGUCCUUUGACAAUGAUGCCGACUUCUACGAGGAGAGUAGAUGGCAGAAGCUGCGCCGCAGAAUUGUAGAAGAGCCUCUCAUCCCGCUCGGUUGCGGUCUGACCGUCUGGGCUCUCUACGAAGCUACCAAGUCAAUGAAGUCUGGUGACCACGCAAAGACGAACCGCAUGUUCCGCCGUCGUAUCUACGCCCAGGGUUUCACUCUGCUCGCCAUGGUUGCUGGUUCCGCUUACUGGGAGAAAGAUCGCAACAAGCGCAAGGAGUACAACGAUUUGGUUGAUGAAAAGAAGAAGAAGGACAAGCGUGAUGCUUGGAUCAAGGAGCUCGAGGCUAGAGACGAUGAGGAGAAGGAGAUUGCUGCUAUGAAGAAGCGUUUGGCCCAGGCCAGAGGCGCAGAAGAGAAGCGCCUGUCCGAAGAGAAGGCCAGAGCUGUUGAGGCCAAGAUUCAGUCCGACACAUCAGGAAUUGUCCGCAGCGUCUUGGAGGCUGGCGAAAGCAGAUAUGAUUCCCCUCUCAUGAACGCUGCCAGGAAGCUGUGGCAAUCCAGGUCAUAAUCAUCUUUUCUCAUACCAUCUUACGGCG